UGCCGGUGUGCCAUCCCGACUGGCACUCUCUCUCUCUCUUUCUGUCUUUCUCUGUCUUCUCACAUCCACAUACUUCACUCACUCGGUCUGUGAUCUCGACCAUUUCAGCAUGAGUUAUUCCGGCGACAUGUACACGAGCAGCUCCUACAGGAAGAUUUUUGGAGAUGCGCCACGGCGCGUCCCCGUGGGCAGCAGCCCGUCCCGGGUGACGGUGAGUUACCGCUCUGGACCCCAGCAGCAGCACCGCACCUACGGCUCUCCAUCCCCCAUGAUUACCUCCUCUAGUUACCGGACCAAACUCGCAUCCAGCCGCGGCGGCGGCUUCCAGUCCAUGCAGGACAACGUGGACCUGACGCAGACCACCGCAAUCACCAACGAGCUGAAGAUCAUCCGCACCAACGAGAAGGAGCAGCUGCAGGGCCUGAACGACCGCUUCGUGACGUUCAUCGAGAAGGUGCACAACCUCGAGCAACACAACAAAGUUCUGGAGGCGGAGGUCGCGCUGCUGCGCCAGCGCCACAACGAGCCGUCGCGCCUGCACGACCUCUACGAGCAGGAGAUCCGCGAGAUGCGCGCGCGCGUCGAGGAUCUGACCCACGAGAAGAGCCAGAUGCACCUGGACUGCGUGCAGAUGAACGAGGCUUUGGAGCGCGUCAAGGAGAAGCUGGACGAGGAGACCCGACUGCGGGAAGAGGCCGAGAACAGCCUGAAGGGAUACCGCAAGGACGUGGACGACGCCACCCUGUCCCGCCUGGAGCUCGAGAAGAAAGUUGAGUCCCUGCUGGAUGAGAUCGCGUUCCUCAGGAAAGUGCACGAGGAGGAGAUGCAGGAGUUACAGGCGUCGCUUCAGGCCAGCCAGGUGUCUGUUGAGAUGGACGUCAGUAAGCCUGACCUUGCUGUGGCCCUGAAGGACAUUCGUGCCCAGUACGAGUCUCUCUCUGCCCGGAACCAGCAGCAGGCGGAGGAAUGGUACCACUCCAAGUUCACCACUGUAACUGAGCAAGCGGUGCGCAACAACGACGCUCUGAAGCAGACCAAGGAUGAGCUGUUUGAGUACCGCCGACAGCUGCAGGCCCGCACGCUGGAGAUCGAGGCCCUGAGGGCCCAUAACGAGGCCUUAGAGAGACAGCUGGCGGACAUGGAGGACCGCCACAACAACGAGAUCGGCGAGCUACAGGACACUAUUCAACAGCUGGAAUCUGCUCUGAGGAGCACAAAAGGUGAGAUGUCCCGCCACCUGCGCGAAUACCAGGACCUGCUGAAUGUCAAGAUGGCACUGGACAUUGAGAUCGCAGCCUACCGGAAGUUGCUGGAAGGUGAGGAAUGCCGUCUGAGCUCAGUGGGCGGAUCCAUAAUGCAGUCUGCCUACUCUUAUCCAUCGAGCCGCACUUAUGCUCUAAGCACCUACAGAAAGGUCGAAGCCAAGCCUGAAACAGAGGAAGAGGAAGAGCAAGAAGAGGAGGAGGAGGAGAAGGAAGAAGAAGAAGGAGAGGAGGAGGGAGGAGAGGAAGGAGAGGAGGCCGAGGAAGGAGAAGAACAGGAAGAAGGAGGCGAGGAGGAAGAGGAGGAGGAAGAACAGGAGGAUGAGAAGGAAAAGGAAAAAGUAGAUGAGAAGAAGGAAAAGGAGGAAAAGAAAAUCCCAAAGGAACAGAAAGAGAAUGAGAAGGAGAAGGAGAAAGAAAAGGAAAAGGAAAAGGAGAAAGAGAAGGAAAAGGAGAAGAAGAGCGAUAGCAAUAAGGCAGACAGCAAGAGUGAAAAGGGUGAAAAGGCUGCUGAGGUCAAGAGCAAGUAAAGCUGCGUACUAUCUCCGAUCUGCUAUACUGCUAUACUUCACUCACUCACACUCCGUGUCCUCCUUACCUCUUUGGCCCUCUGCCAAAUUCACAUCAACACACAACACCACCACCACCACACUAAAGUCAUCCACCCAUCUACACUUUCAUUUCACUAGUUAUGGCUGAUUUCAUCUACUGAUGUAUCAGGAUCUCUGCAGGAAAAGCAACGAGUCAGUAAAUGGAAGGCUGGCUAGUUUUCUGUAUAGCACUCAAGAGAUUAAACAGCAUCUGUGCAGAUAGUAUAUGAAGUAGUUCAGCCAAAAAUGGUAAUUUUGGCAUCAUUUACUGUCUUUCAAAAAGAGAUAUUUGGCAGAAAGUUGGAGUUUGUGUUUUUUAAUACAACAGAAGUGCAUGAUGAGUAAACUUCCGAGCUCAUUCAAGUAUCAUAAUUAUUGUUUGUGCAAUUUGUGCAAGUCAUCUGAAGUUGUAUCUGUGUGGCGUAACAUCUGAAAAAUAAACUUCAUAUCUCACUUGCUAUUAAAAUGUAAACUGAUUGUUCACCUGGAAAUGAAAAUCUUGUCAUCAUUUAGUCUGUCAUUCUAAAACCAUUAGACUUUGGUCAGUCCAGGUAACUUAAACUUAAAAGAUCCAGAAAAGGUUAUAAAGACUGAUUAAAUGGUGAUUAAAUGAUUGCCGAAUUUUCAUUUUUGGGUCAAGACCUAGCAGGAAAAAAGUGCAAUUGUUUUUUUUUUUUAUUAUUCAACGCAAAUGCAAGUGAGAUCACAUUGCUAUACUUCAUAUGGACCACUUUUCUUGUUUUGUUUUGGGUGGGGGUUGGCAGUAAAAACCAUCAUGCACUUCUGUUGUACGGAACAUAAGAACUUUACGUUUAAGCCAGUCUUUGUGUUUCACUAAUGUAAAGGCAAUAAUAUGGUAUCAAAAUGACAUUAGGGAGUGUAAAUGAUGGCAAAAUGUUACUUUUUCACAUCAAGACUGUAAAGACCCUAGUCACACUUGGUGUUCAUGUGCCAUUAUUGCCAGUAGUGCAUGACAGCACAAGGAAAGGUGAUCCAAAUGCACAGGCAAUCGGUGCAAAACGGACCAAGUUUGCAGGUUCCAACCUCUCGGUGCUAUUUGAUUUAAAAAAAUAAAUGAGUUUGGACUUGGAAGAGGUAAUUAUUCAUAGAGCAAAAGCAAAUCCAUUAUAUAUAGAUUUCACUUGAGUCCUGAAUGUAUGUCACGAGCCUAGCACAGCAAUUUUCCAGCAAUUUAAGGGCAUCUAUACCCACAUGAUUGAAAGUUCAUUUAAAUAAGUUCACUCAUAGGGGAAAGAAUGUUUCAUUCACAUUCUCAUGCAAAGCAUUUUUGAACAUUAAUGAAUGCAUCCGUCCAUCCAUUUAUGGUUUGCUUAAUUGCACUGGUCACAGCACGGCGAACGACGCGGCAUGGAGAUCAACGAGGUAGAUGAGAUAAAAGAUUAAAUAUUUAUGGGUUUCUUGGGGAGGGUUUCAGCUUUUAGAUUUGGGAGAGAAGAGUGCUUUGUGCUUCUGUAGCCUGGGAAAAUCCUUCUGUAAUAUAGAUUCUGACGCUUUAGAGACGAUUGCUGCUAAAUAUCCCUCUAUUCCUUCCUGUGUUCAAAAAUGACCUCCUCUUGAUCGAUUCAUUCUUGCUGGAGCGGAUCUCUGUUUCUGAAGUAAAUCUUCCUCUCCAUCCUGAUCUCUUUACGUAUAUUUCUUAUUCUCUCUUUCCCAGUGUCUCUUUCCAAAAUUUUCUUUCUAAUCCGUGGCAUGGUUUCCUUCUAAAAUGUGUAAAAGUUUCCUGUGUUUAGCCCGUUUAUUUUUGUGUUUCUGCUUUGUGUUUGAAUUUCGUUAUAUGUCCGGGCCAAGGAAGGUCUUGACAUUUUUAUACCAAAAUACAGUAACAUUUUCUUUAGGCACAAAUUUGUUUUGGCUUAAAUAUGAUCUGGGCAUGCUCUGGACCCCAACUGAAAAAAAGCAUGAGUCUGUGUACAUUAUUAUAAGUUUGUUGUUGUUGUUGUUGUGUGUGUGUGUGUGUGUGUAUACACAAGAGCUUUCCUGCUUCAAGAAGCACUGUAAACAGCCGUGUUUGUCUGCAGCGCUGCAGCUGGUGGUGAUGGAUCCAGCUCUCUUCUCUCCCUGCAGGUGAAAGGCAGGCAAUAGAGAGGGCAGAGGGGUCAUAGACAGUCACACCAACAGCCAAUGUGAAGGGAUAUUAACCCUUAAAUAUUUCUUCUUACAUAAACCUUUGUGCAUAUACAAAGUUUAAUGUCUGGCCACAGAAUAUAGUUCUGUGUUUACCAGAAUUGUAGAAAUGUUUUAUCAAAGCUUGGAGGAAAUUGGUGAACUGUGGAAAUGGUGAUAUUAAAGCAAAUUUAUUGCGAGAUUUGACCUAAUUUUUGCAGCAAAUUUAAAAGACUAAAAGGAAGGAAAAGCAAGAUUUCCAAAAAUGUGAUAGAAACAAAUGUGAAAAAGUACAGAUCAUUCAUGAAAUGAAUCAGUCAAGAGGAGGUUCAGUUUGCAUGGCCUGAUUCACUUGGAGCUUGACAAUAUGAGGGGGUGGGAUAGAUUUGCUUGAUGUGUGUAAAAAUGUACGUAAAUGCCUUAAUCAUGAAUCUAAACUGCUUAAAAGAGUCCUCAUGUUUUCUGCAUCUCAGCACUGUUUCAGAGAUGGUCCGGGAGUGAAGACACUUUAACUGUAUGGCUGCUAACUGAUACAGUGAUGUUCCCCUAAAGCCAAAUAAAACCAUUUAUCAACUAAA